AUGUCAUUAAAAAGUCAAGAAAAUAAACGAAAAAAAGAAAGUGGAGUAAUUAAAACAAGAAAUCCUGAAGGACAAAAAAGUUCCCAUGAACAGAAAAAAAGGAGAACAGUCAAUGAUGAACCAACAGAAGAGUCUGUUCUCUUUGAUGAAUCAAAUGAGGAUGUUUUAAUUAAUUCUAUUGAUAAAUCAGAUUUGAAAGGAGAGACAACAUUACCAGUUUCAAAGAAGAUCAUUGAUACUUCAAAGCAAGAAUUUUUGCAAAGAAUCUCCAAGAAAUUCAAGAACUAUCAAGAAAAAAUUCCAAAGUCACGCCAAAUUAUAACGUUGGGUUACUGGGGCAUCUUUGACCUAACGCAGGAAAGUCUCUAUGGGUGUAUAGAGUUCUCCCAAAGUGAAAUCAAUGAAAUCUCUCAAGGUUUUGCCAAUAGUGUUCACUGGUCUCCACAACCAACACCAAAAAACCUUUGUGAAUAUUUUGAUUCUGGCUGUGAUCCUGUUAAACUUGUAGAUUAUGAAGAUAACGAAAAACUACACGCGAAUAUUCAAUUUAUAAUAUUUAAUAUGUCUAAGAAGGGAGCCAAGACAGAGGAAGAACUUAAAUUUACCACAAUAUACCCUUUAUUUAAUGCAGUUAUGGACACUUCAUUAGUGAAAGAUAUAUGUUGUUCUAUUCCAUCAAAUAAAGAAAACUGUGCUUUACUUGAAGGUGCCUUUUGCCUCUUGAAAGAAUUGGAGAGGAAGUUGACUGAAACAGAAAAGCUCAUCCAGGAAUUUCAAACCGAAAAUAUACGUGGAAAAUGUAGACAAGUAGCUAUUGAAAAUAGUCCAACCCUCAAUCUUAACAGAACUCCUUAA